GUUAUCAAGUACUACAUGAGAUUAUUCAUAGUGAUGAAAGAUCAACAACCAACUAGGACAGCCUCGUGAUUGUGAUUGACGUAGUUUUCCUAGUCUCACCGAACAGGAUCUCUCUGCAAAACCACAACAGUCCUGCAGCCCUCGAACAUACAUAUAAGUGACAACUUUAGUGGUACAGGAGGCAGCUUAAUAAUUCUGAGGCGAGCUCGACGGUAAAAGAACUAAACAUGAGAUUGAGAACAGAUUCCGCUUCCGGUGCGGGUGCCCGUGCGGUGCAUCACAUUCGUAGCUAUAGAGACGCAGCUUAGCCUCAGUUAUGAUCCUACAGUGUCAGGUCCCCCAGAUCAAAGAGAACCGUCGUAUUCGCAAUACUUCUCAAUAUUAAACUACACGAAGACGCUGCAAUUUCCUCCUUUCAUCUUCGUUCAUCAACAGCGGCGACCACGGCGACAGCAUAAAUUUAUUUUGGUAGGCAGGAUUGAAAUUGAUACUUUUUUUGUACCCCCCGACUCGGUCGUUUUUUUUCUCUUCUGUGUUUCGUCUCCCUGUCCAACGGACCGGAACAAUAUAUUACACAAUCCAUCGCGAAUAAGUACACAAUCUAUCCACCUUGCGAAUUAUCUACUGAGUAUUUGUUACUUUAUUUAAGAUCAGUUGCGGUACGUAGAUUUAGAAAAUGUUUGUGAAGCGGAGUCAUCCAUUUGGAUCAUUUCCAAGAAGGUACGGCUAGGUCAACUAAAUCUACGCGAAAAGAUGACACUCCGCUGCUCCGACGGUGCCUUGUUGAUUUCGACAGUGCAAAGAAGAGAACCACGGCAGCACGGUGGCCUAGUUCUUCCGGUUUACCAGUGUGAUACAGAUACCGGUGAAAAUCUCAUACGCGGGCUACACAAUCACAAUGCAGAGCGGCACGACAAAUUAAAGUUUUCCUAGAACGUCAGGACUCCAAUAAAGACAGAAGCGUCUUCGGCUGCAAUCUCGAUCUCGAGAAGGCCGAAUUCUAUAGAGCAGAAGUUAGGUCAAAGUUCGAUACCCCGACUAGCAAAGAACCUUCCGAACCUGACCGCAGCUCCGAACGAAGACGAGCCGGUGGCUUCUUGUCGUUUCGAAGCGGCACACAGCACGUAUACAUAGUGGCCUGAAUUUGAAAAGGCGCGGCGACGACCACGACAUCGUCCGGAUUGGAAAUACGGUGGUAGCUCCGUUUUCUAAGUACGUCCGAUGAGCAAGAACAACAGAUAGAAAACUCAGCAAGAAGGACAGUACGUACAUCGCGACAACAGCAUUUUCAAGCCUUGGCACGACUAGCCAGAGAAACGUUCAUUUCAACUGCGUUCCGAGAAAAUGCAGUUCCAAGAGGGACCUUCCGAGAGCACCGAUGAGUUCUCAAACGGGAGCAACAGCGACAUGGGGGAUGAGGUACGAUUUUUAAGAAAGAUUGCAACUUUGAUGUUGUAGUUCCACCUGUUGCUGCUGUAGUUCACGCUGCUCUUGUUUUCUCCUUUUCUGGUGCUGCUGCUGUCAAUAAGAUGAAUGUGGUCUGUCUCUGUCAUCGAUAUAGCAUCACUUGCCGUGCCGAAGUUCGCUACUUCAAUAAGGAUAAAGUACGACACUUGAUGCAAUGAUUUUCCGCCCGAACUGCGAGGCGAUGAUUGAUAUAGACCUAUCUUCUCAUCAUCUUGACUCUACAGGUGACCUGGAUAGAGUGGUUUUGUCACCUGAAGGGAAACGAGUUCUUCGUGGAGGUCGAAGAUGAAUACGUCCAAGACGACUUUAACCUCACGUACAAAAAACACUUUCUUUGGUUUUAAGUACUUUUUUUUUCGAAUGAUAGAUGUAGAAAGAUGUAUUGAAUUUCUGCUCCUGCCCGCUGCUCUUUCGCGGGCCUAUUUCUCGCCACAAAAGCUGGUGACCACCUCGGGAGUAGUAAUUAGCUGGACGUCAAUUCUGCGAAACCAAAAGCGGGUUCAUUUUUUUCUUCCUCUAACCCCAGGUAUCUCAACAAGGAUUUGCAGGAGUAUUACAAUGUGGACGUGUACCGAGAAAGUCUGAACAUGAUCCUCGACUAUGACGACGGCGACAUGCAAAUUACCGAAGACGACAGAAGUAUGGUGGAACAGGGCGCGCAGUGCUUGUAUGGCCUCAUACACGCCAGGUAUUGCAAUGUAAUACCUUCUUGUUUCUAUGGACAGAUUGAGUUUCCAAUCCGAGAAGUGUGGCUUUGUGAGAGCCACUGAAAACUCUCUGCUUUUUUCCCAUUUCCAGGUGGAUCCUCACCGCGCGAGGUCUCGCAGCAAUGAUGGAGAAGUACAACACUUACGUGUACGGCUCCUGUCCGCUCCUGGACUGUCACGCGCAAAACCAGGCAGUGCUUCCCGUGGGAAUAACAGACGUUGUCGGUGCCACCGGCGCGAAAGUAUACUGCCCCCGCUGCAAGGAGAUUUUUCACCCAAAGAGCAGCAAGUUGGAGGUACUUACUUAAUAAGAUAGUCUGCUGUUCUUGAACGAGUUAGGUUCGUUCUUUUGUUGGCUACUAGUAGGGAUGCCAGGACGGCGCCUGCUGGCGAAGUGUAGGUAUUUAGGAGCAUGGCUGCAACUUGCUCCUCGUGCAUUAACCCAAACUUCCCUCGAAGGUAAUCGACGGCGCAUUUUUCGGAACCUCCUUCCCGCACUUGUUUUUCCUCACCUACCCAAACCUCAAACCGACAACAGAACCCAGAAAUUACAUCCCGAGGAUCUUCGGCUUUAAGGUAAUAUCAUAUGAAAAAGAUAAAGUGAAUCUUUGUGGUCAUGGACAUCAUGCAUCUACUUCUUCACACUCCUACUAGCUUUUUCUUUGAUGUUGAAAUUGAAUCUGAAUCAUCACAAUUAUUACGAUUUGACGAAGCACUGAAUGAACCCGUUUGCAGCGGCAUCCCUGGAGGAGGUGUCAGAAUACUAGACGGAUCUAACUUAGUGCUUUCAUUCCUCAAAAGGUCGCCGGUCACGUCCGCAGUAGCUUGCGAGUUGCCUCGGGGAAAAAAACGUUCCUGGAGGACCUGGAAAAGAAAAAGAAGGAAAAAAACGAGAAUAAAGAGGAACCACAGCCGGGCGCGCAGCGGGCGGGAGGCCUCGACUCGUCCUCAUAGCACGAUCCAACUUCGACGAAAGUGGAUUUAAUACCCGGACGCCGACGGAGUAAUGCCAAUACUCCAGUUGUUCACGGGUGCAUGCGAGUCUCUCUUCCCCAGACCGCAAGAAGAAUGUACGGCGACUGAACGCAACGACUUCAAGCACAUUCAUUCAUGUUUUGCUUCGGAAAUUAUAUUAACCGACCUGUGAAGAUAUUUUCUACUUAAUUUUCAACAUCGACACGACGAGAGAAAAUGAAACUCAAGACCUCUAACGCAUCUCAGUCUUUCAUUCAAUUCGACAACUGAACGACGCAGCUGGACGGUAUGAUCAAUUCGACGAAAGAAGUUCAAACGCAAACUGGAAAUAAAAGACAGAAACCCAAU